AAAGACUACCGUGAAUAAUAGGGAGAGUGGUUUGUGAUGUUUUGUUUGGUUUGUUAAUUGAAAUUUAAUAUUUGUUUUUGAAUAUUAACCUAAGAUGGACGGAGAUCUUUACGAUGAAUUUGGAAAUUACAUCGGUCCUGAUUUGGAGUCGGACUCUGAUGAUGAACAAAGUGUAUACGGGCAGGAUAACAGAGAUGCCGAUGAGGAUGCCAUGGAAGAAGACGAAGAUGUUGAUGCCGAGCCUGAAGUGGCUCCCAUGUCGGUUGUACUGCAUGAGGACAAACGAUAUUACCCUCAAGCAGUAGAAGUGUAUGGUCCAGAUGUAGAGACAGUGGUGCAAGAAGAAGAUACACAGGCAUUAGAUAAACCGCUGGUAGAACCAGUUAAACACAAAAAGUUUCAGGUUCAAGAGCAGCAGCUCCCGGAGACAGUCUACGACAUGGAGUACCUAGCUGACAUGUUGGACAACACAAAUUUAAUGAGGAAUAUCACACUGAUGGGGCAUUUACAUAAUGGCAAAACAUCAUUUGUUGAUUGUCUGCUUAGGCAAACACAUCCCAGCACAAUCAACAAUGACACAACCAUUCCGAUGCGUUAUACAGACACAUUAUUUGUGGAGCAAGAACGUGGUGUGUCAAUAAAAUCUAUGCCUGUCACUUUACUCCUGAAGACGAUCAAAGGCAAAUCUCAUUUGCUCAAUAUCAUGGACACACCAGGUCAUGUUAAUUUCAGUGACGAGGUCACAGCAGCACUCAGGAUAUCAGAUGGUGCAAUCCUCUUUGUGGAUGCUGCUGAAGGCAUAAUGCUGAACACAGAAAGGCUAUUACGACAUGCAGUUCAAGAACGAGUUCCGUUGACCUUAUGCAUAAACAAGAUAGACCGUUUAAUACUAGAGUUAAAACUACCACCUGCAGAUGCUUACUACAAGUUACGGCAUAUCAUAGACGAACUCAACUCUAUGUUAGAGACUCAUCAACCACAAGAUAACCCAGACGAACCUGCCACUGUGUUUUCUCCAUUAUUGGGUAACGUGUGUUUCGCGUCGUCGUUAUACGACGUAUGUUUCACGUUGGAGUCAUUCGCUGCCAUGUACGCGUCCACGUACCCGUCGUCGGGUCUGCGUCCGGGUGACAUGGCGGCGUGGUUGUGGGGCGACGUGUAUUUCAACGCGAAAACACGUCGCUUCACCAAGAAACAACCGCAUGCGUCCGCUCAGAGGAGCUUCGUAGAGUUUAUUCUGGAACCUCUUUAUAAGAUCUUCGCGCAGGUGGUGGGUGACGUGGACGAUACACUAGAGGAUGUGUUGUCAGAGCUGGGUAUCAAACUCAGCAAGCAGGAGGCGAAGCUCAACGUUCGCCCGCUGCUCAGGCUCGUCUGUAGCAGAUUCUUUGGAGAUUUUGCUGGUUUCGUGGACAUGGUGGUGAAGCACGUGCCGUCCCCGCUGGACGCCGCGUCGCGUAAGGUGUCGCACACGUACCGCGGCACUGCGGGGGAGCUGCGCGACGACAUGCUCAAGUGCGACCAAUCCGGCAGGCUGGUCGCACACACCGCCAAGAUGUAUCCCACAGAUGACUGCACGUUCUUCCUGGUGCUGGCUCGUAUAAUGUCGGGUACGUUGUAUGCGGGGCAGACUGUGAGGGUGCUAGGCGAAAACUAUAGUACACACGACGAGGAAGACUCGCGUAUUAUGAACGUGGGCAGGCUCUGGAUAUACGAGGCGCGGUACAAGGUGGAAUUGAACCGCGUCCCGGCCGGCUGUUGGGCACUGAUAGAGGGCGUGGACCAGCCCAUAGUGAAGACCUGCACCAUCGUGUCGGCCGACGAGGAGGUGGAGUUGCACACGUUCAGGCCGCUCCGGUUCAACACGCAGGCGGUCGUGAAGAUUGCCGUCGAGCCAGUCAACCCAUCCGAGCUACCCAAGAUGUUGGACGGGUUGAGGAAGGUGAACAAGUCCUAUCCGCUGCUAUCGACGCGAGUAGAGGAGAGUGGGGAGCACGUGAUACUGGGCACCGGGGAACUGUAUCUGGACUGUGUGAUGCAUGACCUAAGGAAUAUGUACUCGGAGAUAGACAUCAAAGUGGCGGACCCGGUGGUAUCGUUCUGCGAGACUGUGGUGGAGACGUCGUCGCUGAAGUGUUUCGCGGAGACGCCCAACAAGCGUAACAAGCUGACCAUGAUAGCCGAGCCGCUGGAGCGCGGCCUCGCGGAGGACAUCGAGGCGGGCGCCGUCUGCGUCACGUGGGACAGGAAGAGGCUCGGGGAGUUCUUCCAGACCAAAUACGACUGGGACUUGUUGGCGGCUCGGUCCAUCUGGGCGUUUGGUCCGGACGCGACUGGUCCCAACAUCCUGGUGGACGACACGCUCCCCUCCGAGGUGGACAAACACCUGCUCGCCUCCGUCAAGGACAGCAUUGUACAAGGGUUCCAAUGGGGUACGCGGGAGGGUCCACUGUGUGAGGAACCUAUACGCAACGUCAAGUUCAAGAUCCUCGACGCUGUUAUAGCGCAAGAACCUUUGUACCGCGGCGGUGGACAGAUCAUACCAACAGCCAGACGGGUGGCGUACUCCGCGUUCCUGAUGGCGACGCCGCGCCUGAUGGAGCCGUACCUGUUCGUGGAGGUGCAGGCGCCCGCCGACUGCGUGUCCGCCGUCUACACGGUGCUGGCCAAGAGACGAGGUCACGUGACGCAGGACGCGCCGGUGCCGGGCUCGCCGCUGUACACGAUCAAGGCGUUCGUGCCCGCGAUCGACUCGUUCGGGUUCGAGACGGACCUGCGCACGCACACGCAGGGGCAGGCCUUCUGCCUGCAGGUGUUCCACCACUGGCAGAUCGUGCCCGGCGACCCGCUCGACAAGAACAUACUCAUACGGGUCCUGCAUUUCAAUAAACGGCUGAAACAACUGUUGAGUUGACUCUUCAUCUUCGCUCACCUCUGGAACCUCAGCCAGCAACUCAUCUAGCCCGCGAAUUUAUGAUCAAGACACGCCGACGCAAGGGGCUCAGCGAGGAUGUCUCUAUCAACAAAUUCUUUGAUGAUCCUAUGUUGCUUGAGUUAGCUAGACAAGAUGUGCAACUCAUAAUUUAGUAUUAAAAAUAUUUAGUC